AUGGAGAGAGUGAUGAAACUGAUGAACAAAUACCAACCGCGGAAUUUCCAAAUGUUGACACACCAAAGCGCGAACAAUGAGUUGUUAAUGAAUAUGACACGAGGAGACAACCCUCCUCACAUAUUAAUCCAUGGCUCCAGCGGGUCGGGGAGAUACACGCGUGUGUUACUUUUCCUUCGCGAAAUAUAUGGCAACGACGUUUUAAACAUCAGUGAGGAAAGGUAUAAAGUUGAGUUAGACAACGGCAACGAAAUUGAAAUCACCGUGCGGUCGUCAUUACACCACGUUGAGUUUAACCCGUCCGUCUUUGGACUUCGCGACCGUCUUGUUCUUCAGUGGCUGAUCGAUCAAACCAAAGUUGGUCCACUCAAAAAGACGUUAGUGAUCCCACAAGCAGACAAACUGACCCGUGACGCGCAGUUUGCAAUUCGUCGCGCGAUGGAAACGGGAAGUUGGCGGUACAUCUUUAUCACUGAAAACGUGUCUUCUGUGAUGCGGCCGCUCCGCUCGCGAUUUCUCGACAUUCGCGUGGAGUCUCCGACACAACCGGAGUUAAUAGCCUUACUCAAAUACAUUCGAGCAACAGAGAAUUUCGAAGUGUCUGAUUCUCGCAUAGAGUCGAUUGUGAAUGCAAACGUUGGCAACUUUCGAACCUCUUUAAUGUCCUUUUUUGUCUACACUGUCGCCAAUUACGAGACAAAACCCGUGUGGAAGACCACAUGUGAAGAGAUCAUCCGAACAAUAGUUCUUUCUCAAUCCGUCGAUUUAAUCUCCAAUUUCAUCCGCCCCAAACUCUCACAGUUGAUCGAUUUAGGUAUUCACCCUUCCUUAGUAUUACAGCACCUCUUCCGGUUGUGUAUGUCUUCUAACAUCGAUGACUUAUACAAAUUGGGUGUUAUCGGGAUCAUUUCUAAAUUCGACAAAACUCUUACCCUUGGCAGAAACCCUUGGAUUCACGUCGAAAACUGUAUCACCGCGUUGAUGACCUUAUUCUCCGCAUUGAAACAAUAA